UGGCCGAGCGCUCCAGGUGUGGCGAGCGCCGGGCCAGCUCAGGUUCUGCAGCCCUGGGGGCUGCGGGGCGCCCACAGCACGCCCAGAAUUCCCCGGCGUCCAGGGCGCUCUGGCCGCUAUGAGUCUCCGCCCCCUUAAGCCUCAAUUCCUCACUUGAUUUUUCCCCUCUUCCCCAGAACUUUGGGGCGGAGGUACUAACUUUCUCUGUGGAAGUUGUUCUGGUGAGCGAGGAGGAGGAUAAAGUGAAAUUUGAUGGAGAAGAGCAACUCCUCUGCGUCUUUCCCCGACGUCCGAUCCGCUGGACCAUCACUUUGAGAAGAUUGGAAAGUUGUUGGAAGUGGGAACGGCGGAGAGGCCCGCAGGCUUUCUUCCCAGGUGGAGACCCUCCGCCGUCUGUGGGGUCUCCCGCUCUGCGUGCAUGUGUGCGCCGGCGGCGGCGCGGGGUGCGUGCUUCUGCGCUGGGAGUCUGAGUGCGCACCCGAGUGAAUGGCCCCCAGGGGCGCAGCGGGGCCUCAGCCUCCGCCGUCUCCGCAGGCCUGGAUCUGGCCUGGGAAGAUGCUAGCCAUGGGAGCGUUGGCAGGCUUCUGGGUCCUCAGCCUCCUCACCUAUGGCUACCUGUCCUGGGGCCAGGGUUUAGAGGAAGAGGAGGAAGGGGCCUUACGAGCUCCAGCUGCGGAGAGACAGGAGCCUAGCGCAACAGCAGCCGCCACCUCCCAGCCCCAUCUCAUUUUCAUCCUUGCGGAUGACCAGGGAUUUAGAGAUGUGGGCUACCACGGAUCUGAGAUAAAGACGCCCACUCUUGACAAGCUCGCUGCUGAAGGAGUUAAACUGGAGAACUACUAUGUCCAGCCGAUUUGCACACCAUCCAGGAGUCAGUUUAUUACUGGAAAGUAUCAGAUACACACGGGACUUCAACAUUCUAUCAUAAGACCUACCCAACCCAACUGUUUACCUCUGGACAACGCAACCCUACCUCAGAAGCUGAAGGAGGUUGGAUAUUCCACACAUAUGGUUGGGAAAUGGCACUUGGGUUUUUAUAGAAAAGAAUGCAUGCCCACUAAGAGAGGAUUUGAUACCUUUUUUGGUUCCCUCUUGGGAAGUGGUGACUACUAUACACACUACAAAUGUGACAGUCCUGGGAUGUGUGGCUAUGACUUGUAUGAAAAUGACAGUGCUGCCUGGGACCAUGAUAAUGGUAUAUAUUCCACACAGAUGUACACUCAGAGAGUACAGCAAAUUUUAGCUUCCCAUAACCCCACAAAGCCUAUCUUUUUAUAUAUUGCCUACCAAGCCGUUCACUCACCGUUGCAAGCACCAGGCAGGUAUUUUGAACACUACCGAUCCAUUAUUAACAUAAAUAGGAGGAGGUAUGCUGCCAUGCUUUCCUGCUUGGAUGAAGCAGUCAAUAACGUGACCCUGGCCCUGAAGACCUAUGGUUUCUAUAACAACAGCAUUCUCAUUUACUCUUCAGAUAAUGGUGGCCAGCCCACGGCAGGAGGAAGUAACUGGCCUCUCAGAGGAAGCAAAGGAACAUACUGGGAAGGGGGGAUUCGGGCUGUUGGCUUUGUGCAUAGCCCACUUCUGAAAAACAAGGGAACAGUAUGUAAGGAGCUUGUGCACAUCACUGACUGGUACCCCACUCUGAUUUCCCUGGCUGAAGGACAGAUUGAUGAGGACAUACAACUGGAUGGUUAUGAUAUCUGGGAGACCAUAAGUGAAGGCCUUCGCUCACCCCGAGUGGAUAUUUUGCACAACAUUGACCCCAUUUACACCAAGGCCAAAAAUGGCUCCUGGGCAGCAGGCUAUGGGAUCUGGAACACUGCAAUACAGUCAGCCAUCAGGGUGCAGCACUGGAAACUGCUAACGGGAAAUCCUGGCUACAGUGACUGGGUUCCUCCUCAAUCUUUUAGCAACCUGGGGCCAAACCGGUGGCACAAUGAACGGAUCACGUUGUCAACUGGCAAAAGCAUAUGGCUUUUCAACAUCACAGCUGACCCCUAUGAGAGAGUGGACCUAUCUAGCAGGUAUCCUGGAAUUGUCAAGCAACUCCUCCGGAGGCUCUCACAGUUCAACAAAACAGCUGUGCCUGUCAGGUACCCACCCAAAGACCCCAGAAGUAACCCUCGGCUCAAUGGAGGAGUCUGGGGACCAUGGUAUAAAGAGGAAAACAAGAAAAAAAAGCCAGGCCGUAAUAAAGGCACGAAAAAGCAAAAGAAAAGCAAGGCAAAGAAGAAGAAACAGCAGAAAGCAGGUGCAUCUCUGAAUUGCCAUUCAGCUGUUACUCAUGGAUGACACAUUGUUCCUGUUUGGUCCAGUAAGUUCUUAGACUUUCAGCUGUUUCCCAGGUCAAGCAAGGUUCCCCAGCAAGGUUGGCUCCAUAAUAGCACCGCCAUAAACAUCGGGCUUGUUUUCAUGUUGUUCCACCUGACCACCAUAUGGUGAGCUGCUCUGCCCUGUGCCAAAGGCGCUACUCCUGCAAAGUCACACUUAAAGCAGAAUGGACAUGCUCAUUUCUUCUGUUCUCCUAUUAAAAGUGGUCAGUCAUGAUGAGUUCAGCUGCUGUGCGUCAGCCAAUUGACCCACACUAUGCUUUAAAUUAUGAAAGGGGACUGUAACUUGCAAUCGAUGCAUACUAAUGGGAUGGAAAUUACAGGGUAGCACAAUUAUAAAAACUAUCUUUGAUAAAGUGCAGUCAAUGAUUGUGUCACCACAAAGAACUUGAAAAAACUUAUUAAUAGAUUCCUGUAUCUAUCAUCUGUAUGACACUUGGGCUUUCUAUACAAUUCUCUUUAUCAUUUCCUUUCCUGUGAAAAUAAGAUGUUUUUUCACAUGUGAACAGCUUGUGCCUCAUUUUAUCAUGCAUGAAAGAGUGGCAAAUACGAAUGUCUGAGAAUACAACCAAAAAUGAAUGUAACUGUUUUCUAAACACUUUAAUAGAAUAACAUUUCAUUGUAAAGUCCCUAAUUUAUUUUUACAGAAAACAAUAUUUUGUUUUCAUUAGAAGUUAUGCAAAUAACUUUUAAAUUAUUUAAUUUUACUCUCUACACAUCUGUAGAAGAAUUUUAUUCCAUUUCUUGAAAGAUUACCAAGCACUGUAAUACUAUAAAUGACUGUAACACCAUGUGAAUUCAUAGACUAUACAAGGAACAUUAUUCAGAGAAAGAAUUAUAAUCUUCAUUUUUCAACGAUUAUUUUGAAUGUAAUAAGAUGAAUAUAUUCCUUAAGCAUUACAUAGAAAUUCAGUUUUUGCAGAGUUGAGACAAGUUUAUUGUUUC